AUGAGAGUGACAGCCUUUGUCCUGUUCUUGGCCCUGGCACUUAUCCAUACAGAAUGUGCCCAGCAUGGUCAGCAGGUUGAUUGCAGUAAGUUUAAAAAGUUACCACCAGGAAAAGAGAGACCGUGUUAUGAAAUAUAUCAACCAAUUUGUGGAUCUGAUGGCAAAACUUAUGCCAAUGAUUGCUUCUUUUGUUCUGAAGUUGAGAAAACUGGCAACAAACUUAAAUUUGUACAUCGUGGACAAUGUUGAAUCUAUCUUGUG